AGAGCGCCGAGGUUGCCGGCGGACCGUUCCCGGGUCUCGGACGCGGCCCCAUGAGUGCGGCGCCCCUGGUGGGCUACAGCAGCAGCGGUUCGGAGGAUGAGGCCGAGGCGGCGACGCCGACCAGCCCUGGGGCUGGGGGCCGCCCUGGUGGCUCCCGGCCCAGUGAGAGAUUCCCAGUACCCGAGAGCGUGCUGAACAUGUUCCCAGGUCUGGAGGAGGGGCCCCAGGACGACAGUGCAAAGCACGGGGGGCGCGUGCGCAGCUUCCCGCACGAGCGUGGCAACUGGGCCACCCACGUCUACAUCCCUUAUGCGGCCAGGGAGGAGUUCCUGGAUCUGCUGGACGUGUUGCUGCGCCACGCGCAGGCCUGUGUGCCGCGGCUGGUGGGGAUGGAGGGCUUCCACCUGAGCCUGUCCCACAGCGUGGUCCUGCGCCACCACUGGAUCCUCCCGUUCGUGCAGGCUCUGAAGGACCGCCUGGCCGCCUUCCAGCGAUUCUUCUUUACUGCCAAUCGGGUAAAGAUUUAUACCAAUCAAGAGAAAACCAGGACCUUUGUUGGGCUCGAGGUCACCUCGGGCCACGCCCAGCUCCUGAACCUGGUGUCCGAGGUGGACAGAGUCAUGGAGGAAUUUGACCUCACCACUUUCUACCAGGACCCUUCCUUCCACAUCAGUGUGGCCUGGUGUGUGGGUGACGCCCGUGGCCAGCUGGAAGGACAGUGCCUGCGGGAACUGCAGGAGAUCGUGGACGAGUUUGAAGACUCGGAGGUGCUGCUGCGUGUGCUCACCGAGCAGGUGCGCUGCAAGUCGGGGAACAAGUUCUUCUCGAUGCCUUUGAAGUGAGCCCCAGUGUCCUUGUGAGUCCUCGGCCCCUCUGCAGGCCGGCAUGGGCGAAGGAGCCGGCCAAAAUCAGGGGACAAGCUCUGCGCCUCCCUCUGGGAGGCCCCAGUCAGCCUCCAGUCUGGCAGAAGGUGUAGAUGUGCCCGGCCGAUUCUCUCCUGGCCCUUUUGGGUACUGGUUGGAUGCUGUGUACGUGGUCAUUCCCAGAAAUCACCAGUAGAGGGCAACCUGAGCAUCCCAAUUCUCGCUCUGUGGCUCAUACCAAAAAAAUAAAUAAAUCGGGAGGGUCACCGGGUGAACCCACCCACACUCUGCCAGAAUCCCAUUGUGGUUCCUCCCAGCUAGCCACAGCCCACUUCAGCGGUUUACAUUUUGAUGUCAUUGGCCUCACACCAGGGCUUUUAAAACCGUCCUGCAGCGGCUCAUUCCUGGACAAGGCAGGCUCUGCUGGGUCCCUCACCCCCCUUCCUUGAAGUCCCUCACUUGUAUUUAUUUACUUUUAAUCUUGCCCCCUCCUGUGCCUGCGGGGGCCACUUGAGGGCCAAGGUACGAGGCGCUAAUGUGUGGCUCAGCCAGGUGCCUGGGAAGCAGAGCAGAUGUUUCAGUUUGGCCCUGCGGUGGCUGGAAGCCAGCCCUCCAACGCUCAGUGACCUCUGGCUUCCCCCGUGGCUCUCCCAAAGCAGCCGCGAGGCGCUGCUCCAGGUCGGUGCUGUCCUGCCCAUGGCCUCAGAUGUCUGGGGGGCAGGUGGAGGGAGGCCCAGGUGGCACCCAGGGGCAGGUGCAGGGGGAGCCCUCACCAGGAGAAAGGACAGUCAUCUGGAUUUCUGGUGCCAGGUGAAGAAGUAGUUUUGUGUUGUACUUUUAGAUUAUGUUCAGCAAAUAAAACCUAGGAUUUCUUAC